CCUUAUGAAUGCAAGCAGUGUGGAAAGACAUUUGGUCAAAUAUCCAAUCUUGCUCGACAUCAGAGAAGCCACACUGGGGAGAAACCAUAUGAAUGCAAACAGUGUGGAAAGACAUUCUGUCGUAGCUACAGUCUUGCUGUACACCAGAGAAUCCACACUGGAGAGAAACCCUAUGAAUGCAAGCAAUGUGGAAAGACAUUCACAGAGAACUGCUAUCUUACUUAUCAUCAGAGAAUUCACACUGGGGAGAAACCUUAUGAAUGCAAGCAGUGUGGAAAGCCUUUUAGACUAAGAUCUGAUCUUGUUAAACAUCAGAGAAUCCACACAGGUGAGAAACCAUAUGAAUGCAAGCAGUGCGGAAAGACAUUCGCAAAGAACUCCAGUCUUGUUGUACAUCAGAGAAGCCACACUGGGGAGAAACCAUAUGAAUGCAAACAGUGUGGAAAGACAUUCUGUCGUAGCUACAGUCUUGCUGUACACCAGAGAAUCCACACUGGAGAGAAACCCUAUGAAUGCAAGCAAUGUGGAAAGACAUUCAGGCAGAGCUACAGUCUUGCUGUACACCAAAGCAUCCACACUGUGGAGAAACCAUAUGAAUGCAAGCAAUGUGGAAAGACAUUCAGACAGAUCUCCAAACUUAAUUAUCAUCAGAAAAUCCACACUGGGAAGAAACCUUAUGAAUGCAAACAAUGUGGAAAGACAUUCAGAGAAAACUGCUAUCUUGCUGCACAUCAGAGAAUCCACACUGGGGAGAAGCCUUAUGAAUGCAAGUAUUGUGGAAAGAAAUUCACAGAGAACUGCUAUGUUGCUGUACAUCAGAGAAUCCACACUGGUGAGAAACCUUAUGAAUGCAAGCAAUGUGGAAAGGCAUUCAGACUGAGAUCUGAUCUCGUAAAACAUCAGAGAAUCCACACUGGGGAGAAACCUUAUGAAUGCAAGCAAUGUGGAAAGAAAUUCAGUAGAACCUCCAGUCUUGUUGCACACCAGAGAAUCCACACUGGUGAGAAACCUUAUGAAUGCAAGCAAUGUGGAAAGACAUUCAGUAGAACCUCCAGUCUUGCUCGACAUCAGAGAAACCAUACUGUUGAGAAACCUUAUGAAUCUUUGGUGGCUCUCCCAGAGCCUGGCCCCGCCCGGAUUCCUUCUCACUUUCUGCAGGGGCGAGGGGAGGGGUUAGGAGGGAAAGAGAAUCUUUAUGCGGCCACCAAAGUGUUUAAGGCCAAACACUGCUUGGACCUGAGGAGCCAGGAGUCCCCCGCGCCCCCUUUCUUUCCUCUGAAUAUCAACAAGCCUGGAGCCCAGGAGCGAGACAAAAGCAGAGACUGCAGGCCCCAGAAUCCAGCCUCCCGGGAAAUAGGCCAGGGGCGGGGGUGUGGGUCAGCCAAUCCUAGGGCGGGGCGGCCUACCCUGGAUCCGGAAGGAAGGAAGCGCCCGGCCCAGGACCUCAGGGGGCGCGGAGGCCUCUGGGAAAUGGGAAGUCUGGGCCCCUCUGACCACACCUCUUGCUGCCACUCGGAGCUUAGAGCCCUUUCGCUCUCCAGCCCCCGCCUACAGUCCUGCUGCCAAUUCAGGGGUAAUGAGUUUGGGAAAUGGUGGAAAGGGGGCGGCAGUCUCCGAGGCUUGGAGGCCCGACGUGGGAGGGGCUCCGGGAGCUGGAGCGGCCGCCCUGUUCCCGGGGUUCGAGCAGGAGCACCCAGCAUUUUGGUCCCCAGUGUUGGCGCGGGCGGGGCCUCCUUUGGUAGCCUUUUGGGGGAGGGCUGUCCUGCCGCUCCAGAGCUGAGCGGAGCCCUGUAA